AUGUCGUCAAGUGGCGUUUAUUUCACUUCAUCAGCCGCAACAGUAGCCGUAAAGGCUUGCGAUGCGCAGCCGUUAAAGCUCGCGAGGCGAAGCCGUCAAGGCUUGCGAGGCGCAGCUGUCAAGGCUCGAGAGACGCAGCCGUCAGGGCUCGUCUGGCAAAGAAAGGUAGCUCCCACGGGACUCCUUAUCAGCCAAGGUGAAAGAAAAAGAGCCUUCCAUCCCUCUUCCAUUGGCAGGUAUCAAAGCGCAAGGAAUUUCUUGCCAGAAGUUUGGUUCCUCAGGUUGGAACACGAUCAGAUACAAGGAGAUCCAAAAGAAGCUUCACAUGUCUCUAGUUUCGACUUGCUGAAGGUUAACAAUCAUUUGGAAGGUUUAGUUUCGAAAUCUUAUAAUCAAACGCUUUUGGAACGAGCGGAUGAGUUAACGGAAACUUUAACUCAUGUCUUAUCGAAACACAGACAAAUACUGAUGAAGGGAAUAAAAUCUUUGACCGCCAAACAUCCGGGAGCUUAUGAGGCCAUCAAGCAAGUGUUCUUAAUAGAAUCCCAGUUCAAAGAGAUUUCGGAUGAUGUAUUGCAGAUCACGUGUGCCAGAAGGGCGGAGGUCAUCGAAAUACAAAGAAAGGCCUUCAAACCCAAGGAACAGCACCACGUAAUGAAACUAUCGGAAAUUCCUCCAUCAGAGACUCAUUUAUUCGAUGAAGAUCUACUCUCCAAAUUUCUUGAUUAG